GUGUCCUGAGCAAGUUUAUUGGUUAGAUUUUCUUUAACCACAUUCUAAAUAAGAAGAAAUUCGUUUAAUUGACAAGUGUUUCCAAGAAAUCUCAAGACUAUUAGUAAAUAUAAUAGUAUAUUUACUAAAAGAAAAUCUUAUAUAAUUUGACAUAACCCCCGAUGAUUGAUUUUCUUUUUGAAAAAUAUAUUUUACAUAUAUAUUUUUUGAUUUCAAUAUUUAUAUACUAUCAAGAUUAUUGAAAAUAUUGUUCAACAAGUCAUACAAAGAAAUUAUGUGUUCUAACAAAUAUUCGAAUAAGUUUUUUUUUUAAGAAAACGAAAUAGAAGAUUCGAAGAAAAUGGGAUCAAAACAAAAAAAUUUUAAUGACAAGGAUGAUGAUGACGUGAGCGUGAUAGCUGUGAUAGGAAAAGAAAACGAUCGAACUUCACGACAGCAGCAAGAUGAAGAACUGGAUGAGAAACAAGAGGAUGAACGAGUGUUCGAGUUGAGUGACGAACGAUCCAAAAUGGCACUUCGGAAGCAACUCGAUCUGGGAUCGUUAUCGACCGAGCUAGGUAAUGUAGCACAGAAUUACUAUGAGGGCAUAGAAAUUUUGCAAAAGCUGCCUCCAGGAACAAUAGUUAUUAAACAAGAAAAGAGAUAUAAGGAUGAUAGUGAUUACGUGCGGGAUUCAACGGAAAUCAGUAGUGGCGGAUCGACUUCAAGUAAUGGAGUAACGAAAGUUAAGAGGAUUUAUCGAUCUACGAGGAAAAAUCGUGGAACCACGGAAGUCAGAAGAAAUCCUAUACGUGUUACAAAAAAAGAACCAGAUAAAAAUUUUUCUCGGCCAAGGCAGCGAUUACUUUCUGCAAAACGGAAGGAAAUGCUCUUUAACUCUGAGCCUACUAAACGUGGAAAAUCUUCUACAAUGCCCUAUAUGAACACAAGAUCUGUUACUCGUAAAAUGUAUAAUGUGGGAGCAACUUAUCAAGCACCUACUUUAAAAGAUGAAACAGAAUGGAAAGAAUGGCCAGUUCAUGGUAUGCAUGAACGACCAGUAUUUCAUCCACAGAUUGGUCUAGCUGCAGAAUAUUUAGGACGUUACUUUACGAGUUUAGAUGGUCUCUCUUAUCGAGAAAUAAUCGAUCGACCGGAAAUAGAAGUGGUAUCCGUAGAUCCUCAUUGUGAUUAUCUUUCUUCAUCUACGGAAAAAAAAAGAGACAAAAAAACGAAAUCUAAUAAAAGUUGUCCCAAUUCUAAGAAUACAAAAAAACCUUCUAUGGAAUCGUCCGAAAAGAAUAAAUCUUUUGAAAGUUGCAUGCAUGAAAGUUUUCACUGCGUUCUAGGUUAUUGUUCACAAGUAAUGACACCAACUUAUAAAAUGAAUGUAGAAGGAAAGAUAAACAUGUUAAACGAUAAUAAAAAUUUAUCUAAUAUUUCUAAAGAAAUCGAUAAAGAACCGUCUAAAUCGAAUAUCGUUGAUCGGAAUUCUAAACGCGAAUCCUCUGUUAGUUUUAAGGAAAAUUUACAAAAAUCAAUUGAAGAAAACAAAUUCCUUGAUAAUUGCGGAAUUACUAUGUUCCCACAAAAUGUUAAGAGCUUUACUCAGGUUCCAAAAACGCGUUUGUUUCCAACUCAAAAGGUUUACAUAGCUAAUUCCUCGAAAUCCAUUGCUUUUACCAAUCUAAAAACGCUUCAAGGAGGACAUAUGAAGAUUCAAGAAGUAAUACGAUCUUCUAAAAGUCCUUUUAUUCUAGUAAAUCCUCCUGAUUCAAAAGAAACACCACUUUUAAAAACGUUUACAAGCAAUAUAAAUGUGAAUAAAGCAGAAGAAUUUCCUGCCAGUGAAGAAACUUUAGGUGAAGUAACAUCUAUAUAUAAGAAUGUAUCUAAUGAAGAGUUGAAUGCAAAACAAACGCCUGUAAAACGAGGAAAUAAAGUAGAAUUUACAGUAACAAAAUAUCUUUUGAAUAAUAUGCAACAGAAUAAAGUUCAAGUGGGAAAAGAAUCAUCUUCGAUUGAAAAAAAAUUAUGUUACGAGACAACAUGCAGAGAAGUGAACGUUAAGACUAUGUCUGGUGGCAUAAGCAAAACUUGGUGUGCCGGUGAGACCUCAGAAAUAGCGAAAAUUCUUUCGGAAUAUAAUAAAAGUAAUCUAAAAAAGCCAGCCAUAGAAAAUCAAACUUUCUGCAAUAACAUGAAGAAUAUUAAGAUUAAAGAACUUACUAAUAAAGAAGGAAAUGUGAAACAAGAUGUCCAAGAAAGUGUUAUGGAUAAAAAUGUGAAUAUAACCUUUCCUCAGGGAAAAUGGCGGCGAUUUCACUUAACUGUGGAGAAAUUGAAAGAUCUAAAAAGUAAUUCUAAUGAAAAAAAACAUUCUUUGGGAGUUCUGAAUGGACAAUCAUUAUUUAAAAUGGAUCAAACAACCGGAGAAAUCUCGUCUGAUAGAAAAAUUGAAAUUCCAAAGCAAUUAGAUAUGGUUCAAAUAAGUCAACCAUCUAUAAUGAAUUCCGAAAAGAAAGAAAAUACUUCGACAGUUAAUACUAGCAUAGAUACAACAACAAUGAAAACACAAUCUUUACAAGAAUUAUUAGAAGAUACGGCCAUGUUAUAUUGCGCCGCCACUGGAACUCAUCAAGAUGAUUUGGCUAAUUAUAUUGAUAACUUAGAUGCUGCACAGAGUAUACAAUGGUUGGAAACUUGUAAUGAUUUAAUUGCAUGA